GCAGGCGCAUAGGCAAAUAGGAGACCGUUAAUACCAACACUAUUGGGCUUGUGUUGUAAGGAACAGCGCCUAUCAACUGUGGAGGGGCAUUGCGAAGUAUUAAAGCUUGUUGGAUCCCCCGCGAUGACCUUCAACUGUCCAUCCCUCUUUUUACUCCAUUAUCUCCUCUGUUUUCCCUCAUCGUGAAGCUCUUCCCUCUUUCCUCCUCUUCUUCUUCUAUCCUUCAAGUUUCAACAAACAUCAUGGCCGCCGCUCUCGACAAGACCAACAUCGGUGUUUACACCAACCCCAACCACGAUCUAUGGGUCGCAGAGUCCAAACCCACCCUCGAGGAGGUCAAGAGUGGUGAAAGUCUGAAGCCUGGUGAGGUUACUAUUGAAGUUCGCAGUACCGGAAUUUGUGGAUCCGAUGUGCAUUUCUGGCAUGCAGGAUGCAUCGGUCCCAUGAUUGUUACGGGAGACCAUAUUCUGGGUCACGAGUCUGCCGGUCAAGUGCUCGCGGUCGCUCCGGACGUUACCUCGCUCAAAGUCGGAGACCGAGUCGCCAUUGAGCCCAACAUUAUCUGCAACGCCUGCGAACCCUGCCUGACUGGCCGCUACAAUGGCUGUGAGAAGGUGGCUUUCCUGUCGACCCCACCUGUGGACGGCUUGCUGCGUCGCUAUGUCAACCAUCCGGCUGUCUGGUGUCACAAGAUUGGGGACAUGAGUUAUGAAGAUGGUGCCCUAUUAGAACCCCUCAGUGUCUCUCUCGCUGCUAUCGAGCGCAGUGGCCUCCGUCUUGGUGAUCCACUGUUGAUCACUGGUGCUGGCCCCAUUGGUCUCAUUACGCUGCUGAGUGCGCGCGCCGCCGGUGCGACCCCAAUCGUGAUCACCGAUAUCGAUGAGGGCCGUCUCAAGUUUGCGAAGGAGCUGGCUCCUGAAGUGCGUACCUACAAGGUGGAGAUUGGUCUCUCCGCGGAGCAGAAUGCUGAGGGCAUCGUCAAUGCUUUCAAUGACGGCAACGGCGCUGCCUCCGACGCUCUGCGACCUACUCUUGCGCUGGAGUGCACCGGUGUCGAGAGCAGCAUCGCCUCUGCCAUCUGGAGCGUCAAGUUCGGCGGCAAAGUCUUCGUGAUCGGAGUCGGUAAGAACGAGAUGAAGAUCCCCUUCAUGCGCCUGAGCACCCAGGAGAUCGACCUGCAGUACCAAUACCGGUACUGCAACACCUGGCCCCGCGCAAUCCGUUUGGUGAAGAACGGCGUCAUCAACCUGCAGAAACUCGUCACCCAUCGAUACGCAUUGGAGGACGCUCUGAAAGCGUUUGAGACCGCCGCAAACCCCAAGACUGGGGCUAUCAAGGUGCAGAUUAUGAGUUCGAUGGCCGACGUUGAGGCUGCUUUCGCUGGUCAGAAGAUUUAGGUCUCAUCGCUGGGGUUAGGUACUACUUGUGGUGGAACAUCACCAGGGCGUUUUUCACGGGUGGUUUGGCACCGUCUAUACAUUUUGCUGUCUGAUUUUAUUUCCUGCGUUUCUAUCGUGUAGCCAUUUGGACUUGAUGCUUUGUUCUUGCAUUGUGAUGAUGACCUUGUAAUGUUUUAUGAUGAUCUUGCUAGAGAUGCAUACAGGUUGAAACUAUAGAGAUUCUGAUAGAAUCUGUUCGUUUUGCUCUUUACCAUUAUUUUCUGUCCUUGUAGUUGGUGCUUUUGAAUGAUC